AUGGUUGUCGAACGUGCCGCUCGGCUUCCAGCUGUACGGUCGGCAUCACAGAAUAAUCACCUUUCACUCACGUUAUUACGAGUCGGCGGCGAUCGUCCAGGUAUCAACCCAGAUGAGAAAAGAGCACUAGUCUUUUUUCAGUCAUGGACAGUGCCCAGUCUGACAGGGUACUUCGAUUCCCGUUUAUGGACGGAUCUUGUACUCCCCAUGUGCCACGCGGAGCCUGCAGUCAGCCAUGCCGUGGUGGCACUGAGUUCGCUCCAUGAAGAUCUCGAAAUUAGGGGGGCUCCACUCUCUCGCGAGAACCUAUCCCUUGCUCAUCACCGAUUUGCUCUUGGGCAAUAUGGGCGCUCGUUGGGCGUAUUAAAUGAAAGACGGAACUCUCAGGAUCCGAAAUACCGCGAUAUCAUUCUCACUUGUUGUCUUUUAUUUGUUGCGUUCGAGUUCAUGCGUGGUCAAUAUCAGUUGGCAUUAUCACAUCUUAAACAGGGACUUUCUAUCAUAGAAGAGGCUCGUUCAAGCGACGAUGGAUUGCCCAUCUCCGCAAACAUGGAAACAGUCGAGAAGUCGCUUCAAGCUGCUAUGGCCCGUUUGGAGACCCAUUGCGUCUUCUUCGGACUCGAUCCUGUUGCUAAACUAGGGCAAGCACCCACUGACUGGAGUCUUAUCAUAUUUUCAACUGUGUUGGAAGCUCGCCGUUCUUUUGACAAGGUUCUAGCUCAGACAGUACGCUUUUUUUCAGCUACAUAUAAGCUCCCACUCAAGGAGCGCUUGCCCAUACUGCAUCCCGAGCUGGUAGAGAUGCAAAUUAAGGCUAGCUUUCAAAUGAGUCAAUAUCUGCGACAAUUUGAUAAUUCAGCGUUGCAUCCCCACGGUAAGAAGGAAGAGCGAGGUCUAAACUUGAUUCGUCUUCAUCACCUUCAAUUCUCAAUAAUACUUCAAACGGUCCUGUCUGAUGAUGACCGCUUUGUCUUUAUCAAUUAUCUGGAGGAAUUUAAGCGCAUUGUUGCAUUUUGCAAGGGCAUUUCAAAUAGUUUUGCAGAGGAAAGCCCCACGGGCACUCGUCCAAAACUACUAUCGGACGUUGGUAUCCUUCCUUCAUUGCUCCUCGUCGGUUGGAAAUGUCAUGAAUUUCCUGUCCGGCAGCAAGCACUGGCGCUUUUAGAAGCUUGGCCACAUCGAGAGGGUAUUUGGGAUUCACGUCUCCUUGCGAUCUUUCUGAAACAAUUACUCCAUAUUGAACUUGAAACUAUACAGGCGUCCGGUGACCCUCAGGCUCCUAUGCGCAUAUCGACAACUCGCUGUUUGAAGCUUGAUCAAAACGAAAGAACUGCCACUCUUCAUUACGAGACUGGUAAUUGUGGUGAAUAUGGACCGCAGAGCAAAGUGAUAUUGUUUGACGAAGACAUUCAAUAA